AGCAUUGACAAGCUUACUGCUUAACAGUUUCCCCACUUGGAUUCCUCAUCAUUUUGGUGAUACUCACUGACUUUCUGUAGAGAAAUUUUUGAUUCAGUCACUCAGGACCUCCAUUGUAAGACUCGCACGUGAAGGGAUUUCUAAGGCACGCUGUGCUAUUCGUCGCUCAACAUUUUUGAUAAUUAACUACGUUCUUUCUCUUACAAGAUCUACAAGAAGUCCAUCACAAAAUGGAUGGAGUCUGGAAUCCUCCCGGAGGAGGAGACGGAGUUGAAGAUGACCUCUGGAAUGAUGGUGGGAAUAACUGGAAUGAGUUGGAGGAUGCUAUCGAAGAAGGCGCUGGGCUGGAGGCCAAUAUGGUCAACAACGAUUUUGCGCAGUUCCAGAAUUUCGAACUCGGUGACCAGCAACAGAUGGACUUUAAUUUCGCGGGAGGCGUAUUUGGUCCAGUAUUGAACGCUCACCAAGCUCAGGGCUUCAUUGCAGCCUUUCAGAAGAAACUGCUCACCACGGAGAUGUCUGACAUUGACAAGAAAACUGUACUUCAAGUCUUUAUUGUCAUUGUGUGCUGUGUAUUCUUAGUUACUUACUUUUACAUACCUAGAAGAAAUAGAAACGAAAAGAAGCACUUGUUCUUGUAGGCUUGUUGCGUCAUCUGUCUUUGUAAGGAACAUGGUCAGUCAGUAGUUUUUGUAUUCUUCUUAUAUCUCUCAUCCACUCCAGGUCUUGGAUGCGGGUCGUUUGACAAACCCACCCUAUUCGAUUGCUGAGUGCAGAAAUGUUUGUGGGGAUCUGAUUAUCCGCUACAAGGAAACAGAUAAUGGGAAUCUCCCAUUCUCUAAACCGAAGCUGGUGUCGGGACUUCUUGACCAGAUGGCGCAAGUGCGUUUGGAAGACAGACACUCGAGUGGAUUGAAGUACUAAGCAGGAUCUGUUUUUUCUCGCGUCACAGUCCCCACAUUGAUGCUCUAUGAGUAUGAGUGCUUCAACUUUUCACUUCGUAGAUACUUGCUUCUAUGUCUACGAUCGAGUCAAGAUUUUCUCGCUCGCGUCAAUCAUUUCCAUAACAAACUUAAUACAGCAACUGCAUCCAUUUAUUGGACAAGAAUUCGAACUCCGGGGCUUUGGUUGCAGCGAACCGGGCUAAGCUAUUGAUGGGAAAGUUGGGGGUUUGUGUCGAUUUUCAGGAGAAAAAAAUGAAAGAGGAACACGAUUCGCUAUUGCCACCGCAUAUGCGAGUCUACUCCAGCCUCAUGCAAGUGUACACGAUUUUCGCAACCAAACUGUGGAAGCAGUUCAACUUUCAAUACAUCGAGGCAGCGGCUGCUUGGUACAUGAGCGCUAUUAUUGAUGGAUCAUCUUUUGCACAUUACUAGAAGCAUUCCCAUAAAGACUUCGCUUCUUUAUUGAAAAGAUUUACCGUGUCAAGUGGGACAACGCUUCAAAGUUCUUACGCUUCUGCUUUGUUGCCUUUCAGGUGCGAUUCGAACAAGGGUCUCAUGAACAAAUUCAUUUUGGACGCCCCACCCGGCUUGACCAGUGAAGACUUGUUAUGGCAUACACAAAUAAGCGCGCGUGUCAAUGUCUAUAUGUAUCAAAAAAGCUGCAACCUGUUCAGCAGCAACGUAAGUAGGCUUACAGAGUCGACCUUUGAAGUUCACUGCCAAUGUUUUACUCUCAUUAUGCCUGGACGAAGAUCGACAACUCCGCAUGUGUGGCAAUUUUCUGAUCGAAACCGUGCAAAACCAUAAGCAAGACCCGACAUUGUACAAACGCUUGGAAUCGGCGAUCUCUCAGAGAGUCCUGGGCCAGUUGCGUCACAAUCUUUUGGAACCUUUGAUGCCCGGUAUUCUUUUUUUUAGUAGAAAAAACUCACUGCUGCAUAAGGAUCAUAGGAAGGACAUUAUGAAUCUGUGAGCAAGUUACUUCUCAAGAAUCUGGCCUCCUUGUGCCUAUUUUGAAAGCAAUUUCCUCUUCUCAGCAUUUGCGGAAUGGGAAACUCGUGCGAGCAGAGUCACCACGAUCGCCAUCUGGAUGUGCAUCCAAACGGCCAUGAUGUCGUUUCACAGCGGCAACGCGUUGAAAACCGUCAUUGAUGCUCUGAACCUUAUGAGAGUGAAACUACUUCUAGCCUAUCGCUAUCUGGAGAAAGGUUGUCUGUUGAGGUGCGUUCGCUUUGUGAUCGGGAAUUACCGCAGUUUCUCAUAUGUUAAGAUGUUGAUGUGUCUUCUUCUAAUCUUAGCGGACAUUUGGCAGCAAUUGAGGCUCGUCGCACUCCGCACGGUGGACGCGUUUCAAUCCUUGAACCGGCUCCAGAUUCCAUCUCGAAAGCGUUUGUUAUGGAUUAGAGACUGCUUACUGAAAGUUUUCGUUGUCGUUCUGCUUCCCAAAGUUAUAAUACUUGUGCUUGAUUAUUUCAAUAAUAAAAACUACUGAGACCGAGUCUGUGACUCCAAGCUGCGCUUCUAAUUCUUCGGGACAUACGCCGUUUCCACAAAGCGACGCUUCAGUGUUGCGUCCGAAUCGUUUAGAUUUCGCCGGAAACAAGCGCCCUGCUGAUCAAUACAAAGAAGCCCUCGGACUUGGACGUGGUGAGCAAGCCGCUCGCAACUUCUUGGUUCACGGUUCGAGCGUUCCAUCUGCCAAAAACACCCUUGUGAUCCAGAACGCGAAUACUGGCGAAGCCAGUUUGAAACGUCGCAAGCCAGUGCCUGAAGAGAGCGGAAAUAAACAACAGAAAGAAGUGUUCAUCAAACAAGAGCUUCUAUCUUCUAGUUCUUCCAGCAGUCGCAGCGCGUCUUCUAGUACUUCUUCGUCUAAUUCUUCGGCAUUGUCUUCGGCUGUGAAAGCUAGUACAAGCCAGGCAAAAGCCUUCUCUUUGAACCACAACAGCGCGGCAAUUCGAGAUCUUCACAACAUUAAUAAGGCGCAUCAGAAUACACAUCGACAAGGAGUGUCUCAGUUUGUGACGAUUGAGCAGGACGCUGGCGUUGUAAGUGGUCUCACUUCGGCAAAAUUACAACAAAACUACAUCACCGGAGAAGAGAUCAAAAUCACGAAGAAUCACAAGUAUCAAGAGGGUGACAACACUACUGUGCAAGUAGAUGAAAACUUGCAGCAGCAGAAGAACAAGGACAUUGACGACGCGAUGCAUCUUGCCAACAAUAAAAAACAAAACAAACUGGAUGUGGACAUCGAAAACAUCAACAAUCAAAUCGGAGAAAAGCCCAACCACAUCGACUUGGACGAAGGCCUUGCACCCGAAGAAUGGGAAACGUGUCUCGAGGCGCCUUUCAUCGAUAUGGACACCCAACAACGUCAAGGAAGCAUUCCGAUGAUUUCUACAAACGAUCCCGAUUACGUUGCAGAGAGCAGACACUUCAAGCUGUGGACUGAUGACGAAGUAGACGAACUGUGCCAAUGGAAGUACUUCGAAGAAGCUCAUACCAGCAUGAAUGUGACGAUUUAUCUACCGGAUGGGACAGUCGACCCAAACGGUUGCAAAUUCAGGGCUACUUCCAGCAUGAUUUGGAUCAUCACCGGGACUUUGAAGAAUGUUGUCGAUUAUACGAACGUUACGCGCGUCAUGAAUUACGGCAACGAGUUACUUGCUAUUGUGGAUGUUGUUUCAACACAAACGCGCUUGCCGCUUGGUGUAGUUCGAUUCUAAUUUUAGUUUCUGGGUCUUUGUUCGAAAUGCUUGCAUCCUGAUCUUCUCUACUUUUCGUAUUUCUUUAUCUCUAAUUCUUACUGGUCGAGCGCAACGACGCUGCAAGAGCCGCUUUUUUGAAAGCAGUUGCUAGUCGCCAGAAUUCUUCUACGAAAACGGAUCAAGAAGCUGCCUUAGAGCAUCUUCGUCAGGAGCAAGCAUUGGAUGCUUAUGCAGAAAAGCUCGCGAAAGAAGACGAAAACGAAAAGAGCAGUAGUCGGGCAAGCAAUUCUACUGCUGCGUCAAAAAAGAAUAAGAAUUCUCGUCGAGGUAGUGUAUCCUCAGCUACUGGGGCCGACAACAUUAUGCACAUGCACCAAAAGGCGGAAAAAGGAAGCUCUGCUGUUCCUGCUGCGACAUCUUCGGCACAUGUCAGCGCUACUACUACUACUGGGACUUCUACCACAACUACAUCCGUUUCUGCUUCAUCCACGAAGGCCGGCAAGGGCAAGCAAUUGAGCAAGCAGAAAGGCGAAACUGCAGGUAAUGGUAAGGCUAGCCACAUGGAAGGGAAAGGCUCUGCUCCGCUUGUUCUUGGCUUCGCUGAAGUAGUCGAGGCUCCGGCCACAGCCAAACAAGUUCGCUUCACUAAUCAGAUCUUUGCUUCUCCUCCAGGACAAACAAUGAAAAACAAGUCGAAAGACAUUGUGAUGGAACAAAAACAGGAAGCAAAGGAUAACGCCAAGUACCCCUUUGGAGGACAAGAAGUCGAGUACAAAAUCCGGGAGUUUGACGACGAGGAGAACAUGCCAGACGCAGCCAUCAUCGAUACCCCGGAUGUGUGGCAAGGGCACCGGUAUAAACCCGUUAAAACGGAAGUUCGCGAAUUCAUCCAAGGACUGGACAUGCGGAAACGCGAAGAAGCUGAGGCGGCUCACAAGGGAAAAGGGAAAGGCGUGUCUUCGUUUGAUCUUUCGGUACAAUCUUUUGAUCUUACUUCGAUUUCCGUUCAUCAUCGUUUUGAUUAAGCUUACAGUGUCCGUGUGGCGUGUCGUAUCUCACUCGUGUUUCUUCGUAUACUUCAAAUUCAUACUUCCAUCCUAUUGUUCUGAGAACUAUUUGCUAUGGACGCCGUCUCUAUCUAAAAUUACACGACACCAGGCUGUCUCUCCGCAUUAUCAUCCGGAAAGACGUCUUGCUACCGAGCACGAUGCUGCGCUGAUUCCCGAAGCUCUCAGAAUGAGGGACUCGAAGGGGAAUUGCUAUUGGUUAUGGCUUCAGCCGGUAUCACGAUUGUUCAUUUAUUAGGAUGAGACGGUCUCAUUGAGACCGAGCGGAAGGUCUACUACUGUUCCUCUAGUUCCUCCCAUAGCGACUUGGUUAUGGUUUUGGUUACUGAUUCUACUUCUAAUGUCCUACCCGAUCGAGCAUCGCGACAGACUGGCAGAGGGCUUCGACCUGGAAUUGACCUUGCACGAGGUUUUGCCGUACCUCUUCGGUACUAAUGAGAAUGCGCGUAAGUGCAUGCGCCCACUCCAGUACAUGAAGGGAAAUAUCAUGGCGAUGAUUUUCGGUUGGGACAUCCACAAAAACGUGAAGAUUAACGUGGAAGACAUGGAUGCAGUAAUGUUAAGGCCUUUAUUAGUAUGAUCCUUUUUAUUUUUAAUGCAUUGGCUGACAGUUUCAUACUUUUCUUCGGGAUGAACCACAGGAGCGAAACUCCAAAGUCAAACCUUCCUGCUCUUCUAAUGAUGGAUGCUUCGAAAGAGCUGCAAAGAAUUGCGACGGCAUUGGAUACGUGGCCUAAACUUAUGCGUGCAGUACAGUGCUGCUCUAAGACUAACAACAUUCCUUGUUUUGCUUAGAGAUAGCAAAACAUGGCGAGUAAGAAUAUGAAUGAAAAUAAUACUAGUACUAGAUCUAGAAGUUGAGGAGUCAGCGUCAGAGAAUCUUCUAACAAUCAGCUCACCUUAACGGAGGAAAUGUUUCCGAACGCCAACAUCGACAUUUACGCGAUUAAGUGGCUUAUGCUCAAUGGAAACCAGAGCUUAACGCAAAACGUCCUGGCGCAGGCAUCUCUUGUUCGGUAACAUUCCUCUUUGCCACGAUGUUUUUGCUUUCCACAAUUCAGUAAAUACGUAGCGGUCGAGUGUAUUGCCAUCAAUCUGAUUAGGGAGCAGCUAAAAACUAACAUGAGAAACGGAACCUCGUCUCUCUUUCCUCAUAAUACAGUUGGGCGGCCACGGCGAGUGAAAUGAAGUGCAAUUUUCGUGCGCCGUUUUUGGCAGUCGAUGAUCUCCAAGAAACCGAAAAUAAGACGCCCAAGAAUCCUGCAAUCAUGAUCUGGUUUGAAGAAAUGUCGACUCUGGACGUGAAGCAGUUCGAAGGCCUGUUUCGCCGUAUAUACUACUCUUUCUCUUUGUUUUGUAUAAUAAUUUCCAUUGUACUUGUAGUAAGUGUGCCUAUAUUGGGAAAGACAGUGAUCACGUGUUUCAGUUUCUAUUUUUCUAUUGAUAUUAGUACCCGUGCAGAUGAGUGAGAGAUCAGCUGUGUUCUGCAUAUGGCCUCACUUCUGUGCUCUUGUAGCAUGUUCAUCACUUCAUCUUCCGGCAACGUCAGGCUCUGCUUUGGACGCUAGCAAGAAAAAGGGAGGCAAGAAAGGUGGAGGAAAAGCCAAGAAAGGCAAAGGCAAGAAAGGCAAUUUUGCUGCGGCAGCAGCUGCUUCGGGAGCAUCCAGAGAUAUUGCGAUUAUUCGCCUCUUGGCUGCAGUUUCUCUGGCCAAGGCUAUCUACCAGGUCUACCGCUCCGUCGUGACCUACACCGAGGUUCACACGUAUGUCUGCCCGCAGCAGAUCGCGCUCACUCUUCGCGAGUGUCAAGAUGUACUUCGUUCUUUCUUGAGUUUGAAACUGAGUCCAUCAGUGUUCAUAUUGCCAAUUGUGGCGUCGUGAUCUUCAGGUGUAGCCCCUCGACUUGUAGUCAAAAAUAUGGCAUGAAGACCAUCUUCAGAAGAUGAGCAUGAAGCUGGGCAUGUAGCUGUAGUGCGCGCACUUGUUUACGUUCACUCACAUUCACGACUGCGCGCAUUCUUUUUAUUUUCAAUCUUACAAACAGUUAAUGAACGAAUUGGCGAACUGUGGCAAUCCCGCGGGACCUGCUGUUCUCGACGAGAUCACGCAAAACUUGAAAACUCUGGUAUUUCUAUUUUGUUCUGCAGGUGUGUGAGGAAUAUUCCUUUCAUCUAACUAAGUCCGACUAAGUCGUGGUUCAUGGUUUAUUUACUUCUUUGUCUUUCGUAUUUCAUAGCACCGCAGCCGACGCUUUCGUAACUGCAUCAGAGAAGCUUGCGCUACAAUUGCAAGUAUUUGUAGUGGUACAAGAGUCAGCAACCGACCACGUCGCCUUCUUUCUUCUCAUUUGUGUAGAAAAAACAACACUAACCUCUAACUCUAAGCAGUAGCCAUAACCUCUUCCUCUUCUCAGAACGGAUACCGCAAGCUCUGCUUCGAUUGGUUAGCGGAUCGAACUAAAAACACGGAAGGAGAAACGAAAGUUGAUUAUGGCUAAAGUAUGCACUCAGUUCAUCGAUGUCAGUCGCUGGGCCUAAAUGCUAGCUGUAGACGUCGCUCUUUGGAGCAUGCAGCUUCAUACUUUUCUGUCCCCAUACGGCAUACCUAGACCUACCCCUACCGACUUGUCCUUUUUCAUGUAAAAACUGUAGUCUUCCUGGUUUGUCAUUUUCCCACUUCCCCACAAAUUUCUAAUGAUUGGAAAUCAAACGAUUGGUCAUCGAGACUUCGGCUGCUCAGGGUGCACUUCCAGGCCAAGCCCUCGCUCGUCGAAACGAACUCACGGGACUCAAGAAUCUCUAUCCCAAUUUCGAGGAGCUGCUGCUCCAAUUGUGCACCCAAGCGCUUGACAUGGUUCAGCAGCGCCAGUACGUUCCAGCCUUGGCAGCACCUACGGGCGACUUGCCGGCGCCGAUCCCAACAGAUCAAAUCAGCAACAACAACACUCCAGCUAGCAAUGCUCUUUCGGGAUCGGCUGCGCCUGCGCGAGGCGGUGGCGCUGUUGGCGGACCGCGCAAGAAGGCUCUCUACUAAAAUGGUCAUCAGUAUAAAUAUGAUAUUGAUGCGUUUGUGA